AUGCUGCGCAUCACACCGGAGUACGUCCACCACGCCCUCUUUGUGUUCGGGAACCUGAACACCUGCUGCGACCCCAUCAUCUACGGCUUCUACACGCCGUCCUUUAGGGCCGACCUCGCCGCCUGCUGCCGCUGGGUGAGGAGUGAUGCGGACACUUCGCCCCAAUACAUAGACCGAAUGUCCACCAGAGAGGGUCCUCACAGCAGGGAGCACGAGCCGCAGCCCUCCACCAACAACCAGACUGCAGCAGAUCAGCCAAUGAAACGUGACUUUAGCAUGUGACUUAUGCUUUGUGUCAGGUGAUUUUUAUUUGCAGGCGCCUGAGCAGAGUUGUUGCCACAGAAUCAGAAUAACGCGGUCAUUUUGUCUGCAUGUUGACUUUAUCGGUUUAGAUCACAUGGUUUGUCACGCCCUCCACAGAUGAUGCUCAGAGAGAAGGCGCUGACCUCUGACCCUUGUGUCAGGCCUUUAAGAGAGGUCAGCAGCAUGCUGAUGCCUCCUGAUUACAAAUUAAAGUGCAUCUUUUUUUCUCAUUAAUCUCAAUCAAUCAUUAAUCUCAUCUGAAUCCACAGAGCAGCUUCUAGUGUCUGGAUGACCUCGUCAGGGACACGUGCCCACUCUGUGAACCACAGGGUGGAGCUCUGAGACAACAGGAUGUGUCUGCAUCCAGAGGCGGUAUAGGCGUGGCAUACAUCAAAUCAAAUCUCACUCAUUCAGAGCUCAGCCUUCUCAGUCUGUUACUAUGGUGACCUCACAGCAGUCAUGUUAUUGGUUAGAUGAUGUCUGACAGCACAAACGUGGUCCAGAGAUCCAGUUCAGCCAAGCGGACAGCGAGCAGCUACAGCUGCCUGUUUCACCAUCCACUUGUUAGUCAAGGAGGCCACGCCCCUAAUGAUGCAGGCGUUAAGCCUUAAUCCAGUUCAAGUAAUGUAGUAACUUAUUUAAUUCCUCGCCGGAGAAGUAUGUUGUCAGACUACUGGUUACAUUACUUUCUGAUUUCUCUACAAAAUGACCUGAAACCCACUGUUACCAGUUACCUACAGGCUACAGUCCCACCCACCAACUCAAAGCCCUCUCCUAAUGACCACACACAUAUGAACAUAUUUUAGUUUAUCACUUAUUAACUCAAAUUAAAGAUGAGCUCAUAAGUUCAGGCUCUGGAUGCUGGGCUAACGUCUGCUUUAACAACACUCUGGGUUCUUGGCUAGCUUAGCGUUAGCAUGCCACCCGUUCACAUGUUAGCAAAGUGUCUGUAAC